AUGAGGAAGUAUGGCAAUCGCCAAAGUAACUCUGACUAUACUCUCUUCCUAAAACACCGACAAAGGAAGGUGACAACAUUAAUAGUCUAUGUGGAUGAUAUGAUAAUUACGGGGGAUGAUGCUGAUGAGAUCUCGAGGCUACAAGAACAAUUGUCUACUGAAUUUGAAAUGAAAAACUUGGGAGGGCUUAAGUAUUUUGUGGGAAUAGAGAACCAUAGGCUUGGAGAAUAUUCAAACCAGGUGCCAAUCGAUAAGGUGAGGUAUCAAAGACUAGUGGGGAAGAUCAUUUACUUAUCUCGCACUCGUCCAGACAUUGCUUACGCCGUAAGUGUGGUAAGCCAAUUUAUGCAUAAUCCGAGUGAAGACCAUAUGGGUGCUGUAAUUCGAAUUCUCCGCUGUCUAAAGUCAUCACCAGGAAGAGGACUAAUGUUCUCCAAGAAUGCUCAUCUGAAGAUUGAAGGGUACACGGAUGCGGACUGGGCUAGGAAUAUCUUGGAUAGAAAGUCUACUUCAGGCUACUUUACAUUUAUUGGAGGAAACUUAGUUACAUGGAGGAGUAAAAAGCAGAAGGUGGUAGCGUUAUCCAGGGCUGAAGUUGAGUUCCGAGGCAUGGCGAAAGGAUUAUGUGAGCUUCUUUGGCGUAGAGGUUGGUUUUCCUCCUGA